AUGGCCACAGCCGAUAACGCGCCAGCUCCUUGGCGCGAUCUGCUCAAGUCCCAUAUGGACCAAACCCCAGGCUACGAAUUCACAAUUGCCACUGUGGGAUUUGACGAGAAUCAGAGACCAAUUCCCCGUGUCCGUACUUGUGGCUGUCGCGGCUUUUUUCCGGAAGUAAAGCUUCACCCGAAAUCAAAAGAAGAUAUGGAGCAGCAGGUCAAAGAUGGCGGUAACCCGGAUACAUAUGAGAGUGACAUGCUAUGCUUUACUACUGAUAUUCGGAUGGAGAAGCUAGACCAACUCGAAACUUCCGGCCAUGCGGUUGAAGCUGUUUUCUGGUUGAAAGAUGUGAUGACCCAAUGGCGGGUGAAGGGGAAGGCAUUUGCGAUUGGCGAUCCGAGAGGAGAAGAUUUGGAACGGGAAAAGGACGCCCGCAAGGAGCUCCACACUUUCUUGAGGGUCAAGAAGAACUGUGAUGGUUCUAUCAGUGAUUGGACUUGGGAUAGAGCGACUACGAAGUACUUUGCGAACCACUCGCCACUCGCAAGAGGCUCAUUUAAAUUUCCAUCUCCCGGGCUACCUCGAUCCCAGGAUCCUAAGGAUCCAGCUUUGCAGAUGGGACAGAGAGUGACAGAUUUACACGACCCCGUGGCUCGGGGGAACUUUAGGGUCGUGGUUAUUCAACCAGAGGAGGUCGAGCGACUGGAUCUUUCAAACCAGGAAGACAUGCGGAGAUGGAAAUGGACUCGAAGUAGCAGUAAUGCCGAAAAAGGUCAGUCCGGUUGGAUUGAGACAGAAGUAUGGCCAUGA